AUGCCGCGUUAUGAUAAAAGAUUCCACGAGAAGUUCGUCAAUCCCAUCGAGGCUUAUCUGCCACUUUUGCCGAAUUUCUCGCAGGUCUAUUUUCUGCUUGGAUUUGCUACCUUAACAACUUGCCUGGCUUUUCUCUGCAUCUUCAUUGUGAGUCAAACCGACAUGGAGGUGAACAAGUACUUCCGAGAUAUGGUCAAGAAACUAAAGCUGUGUGGCCCUCAAAAGGAGACCUAUUAUGAUCACUCAAUCUCGAUUGCCGACAAGGAAGGUUUUGCAUAUCUCUGGCGUACAAAACAGGACGGUUUUUGGAAGAUGCUAAUUACGGGCCUUCAAAAGCAUCGUGAAAACAGCAAUUCUUCUCGACGUAGAUUAAAGCGUUACCAGGAUGACAUUUUUAAAGUCAUGCCCACUAAGUCAAAGCACAACAACUUCAUCAGACAAAACACCGUGGUUAGAAUGCACUUGCCAUUUGCGCAUGAUUUGACGAGCUUUAUUUCAAUGGUUGAUGGUAAAAUGUGA